CGGCGGGGAGGAGUUGGUCCCGUUGUGCUGCGGCUCCGCGCGGCCUGCAGUCCCGGGCCCGCGCCCCGCGCCGCCCGCCCGCCCGCCGCCAUGGAGCCCGGCCUUGACGGCCCCGCCGCCUCCGGCCCCGCUGCCAUCCGUGAGGGCUGGUUCCGCGAGACGUGCAGCCUGUGGCCCGGCCAGGCCCUGUCUCUGCAGGUGGAACAGCUGCUACACCAUCGACGCUCGCGGUACCAGGAUAUCCUCGUCUUUCGCAGUAAGAGCUACGGUAACGUGCUGGUGUUGGACGGUGUCAUCCAGUGCACAGAGAGGGACGAGUUCUCCUACCAGGAGAUGAUCGCCAACCUGCCUCUCUACAGCCACCCCAACCCGCGCAAGGUGCUGAUCAUCGGGGGCGGGGAUGGGGGUGUCCUGCGGGAGGUGGUCAAGCAUUCCUCCGUGGAGUCGGUGGUCCAGUGCGAGAUUGACGAGGAUGUCAUUCAAGUCUCUAAGAAGUUCCUGCCGGGCAUGGCCAUUGGCUACUCUAGCUCAAAGCUGACCCUACACGUGGGUGAUGGUUUUGAGUUCAUGAAACAGAACCAGGACGCCUUCGACGUCAUCAUCACUGACUCCUCAGACCCUAUGGGCCCUGCUGAGAGUCUGUUCAAGGAGUCCUACUACCAGCUCAUGAAGACCGCCCUCAAAGAGGACGGCAUCCUCUGCUGCCAGGGCGAGUGCCAGUGGCUGCACCUGGACCUCAUCAAGGAGAUGCGGCACUUCUGCAAGUCGCUCUUCCCCGUGGUGGACUAUGCCUACUGCACCAUCCCCACCUACCCCAGCGGCCAGAUCGGCUUCAUGCUGUGCAGCAAAAACCCAAGCACCAACUUCCGGGAGCCCGUGCACCAGCUGACGCAGAAGCAGGUGGAGGAGAUGCAGCUGAAAUACUACAACUCCAGCGUGCACCGGGCGGCCUUCGUCCUGCCCGAGUUUGCCCGGAAGGCUCUGAAUGAUGUGCGCUGAGCCCACGUACCGCUGCCCACGCUGCCCAGGACCUCGGCCAGGGAGCCUCCGGGGCGCCUGGGCCCCACCAGCCCUGGACAAGACCCCCCGCUGGCUCGCCCACCAACCGAGUGUUACAGGCCCCAGAACGCUGCCCGGCCGGCCCUGCUGGGUGGACUGUCUGUCUUCCUGUGUGUGGAGUUCAGCCUCCAAGCCUAUGCCAGCUGUGUACAGCCACCACCCACCUUCUGUCGCCCCUCACUCACCAAACACGUGUAUUUAUAACAAAAUGCUGAAUUGU